AUGGGAUUUAUUGGAAGCCAAACGGAUUUAGGAAAACUGGAAACAAUAGUAUACUAUCGGAAAUUCUCUAAAUCAUUGAAAAGUGAAAUUGGUUUAUUUCCACAGGUCUUCAUACUCACUAUAGUCAUUCUUAUCGAAAAUGUAUCUGAUCACAGCUACACAAGCCAAGCAAUGUUGGUUUGUGGCACAUUAUCAGGUUAUAUGAUUAUUUGCAGCGCAUUACUAAUUGGCCACCUGCUAGGCACUCCAACGCCUGUAGAUAAACGUAUUGAUUUGCUUUUCAGCAUUGGUGCCUGCAUUAUGUUUAUAUCUUCUGGCGCAGUUAUUGUAGACCAAUGGAGUACGGCGUACACUUCUAGAAAAGACAAAAAUACAAUUAUAGCUGCUGGAGCGAUGGCCAUAAUUACUGGGGCCAUUUUUAUAGCCGAUACACUUGUUAUAUUUCGCAGUUAGAUUUUUCGCUUUUAAGAACAUAUAUAAUUAUCUUAUUUAUUAUAUUAAUUGAAUUAAAUAAAACUGAAAUUAAACAAAAGCUGAUCUAAUUUAUUUCCUAGA